GCAGGGCCAGGGAGGGCGCGGGCGGCUGGGGAGGGCGCGGGCGGCGGCCCGGCAGCCCCCUCCGUACCACCAUCCGGGCGUGCCUCGCCGGAGCUGCGCUGCUGCGUGAGUUUUUCAGAUCAUCACCUCCCCUUCUGCUUGUGGUUAAGAACUUGAAGAUGGCCUUGCUGCUGGCAGUGUGGAAGGAGGGCUCACACACACACAGUUAGUUACCAGAUGCCAAAAGUCCGAAGACAAGUGUUCCAUCCUUGGUCCUUUGGUUCCAUCUGUGUCGUAAUGGACUUUAAUGGCGUUGGUCUCUUCCUUGCUUAGAAUGAGGCACUUUUUGUCGUUUGUGGAAACUUGCCUGUAAUUCAUCUUCCUCCCUGCAGUAUUGAGAGUUAUACCAAAUUGAAAAGAUAUGAAUGAAUAUCCUAAAAAAAGAAAAAGGAAGACUUUACACCCUUCUCGCUAUUCAGAUUCUUCUGGAAUAAGCAGAAUUGCAGAUGGAGUCAGUGGAAUUUUUUCUGAUCAUUGUUACAGUGUCUGCUCUAUGAGACAGCCAGACUUAAAAUAUUAUGACAACAGAGAUGAUGACUCUGAUCCUGAAACAGCAAAUGACUUGCCCAAAUGUACAGAUGGAGCCAAGGCCAGAAGCAGGAAUCAGAGCCACCUGGUUCCCAGCCCUGUGCUUAGGAUUCUAGACCACACUGUCUUUUCCACAGAAAAGUCGGCUGAUGUUGAGAUCUGUGAUGAAGAGUGUGCCUCACCUGAAUCAGUGCAUCAGCAAACUCAAGAGGAGAGCCCUAUAGAGGUUCACACCUCAGAGGAUGUCCCGAUUGCUGUGGAGGUUCAUGCCAUUUCUGAAGACUAUGAUAUAGAGGCAGAGAACAAUUCCUCUGAGAGCCUCCAAGACCAGACUGAUGAAGAACCACCAGCUAAACUCUGUAAAAUCCUUGACAAGAGCCAAGCUUUGAAUGUGACUGCCCAACAGAAGUGGCCUCUGCUGAGAGCCAACAGCAGUGGCCUCUACAAGUGUGAGCUUUGUGAAUUCAACAGUAAGUAUUUUUCUGACCUAAAGCAGCACGUGAUCCUGAAGCACAAGCGCACGGACUCGUCCGUGUGCCGGGUGUGUAAGGAGAGCUUCUCCUCCAACCUGCUCCUCAUCGAGCACACCAAGCUCCACGAGGAAGACCCCUACAUCUGUAAGUACUGCGACUACAAGACCGUGAUCUUCGAGAACCUCAGCCAGCACAUCGCGGACACCCACUUCAGCGACCACCUUUACUGGUGCGAGCAGUGCGACGUGCAGUUCUCCUCCAGCAGUGAGCUCUACCUGCACUUCCAGGAGCACAGCCGCGACGAGCAGUACCUGUGCCAGUUCUGUGAGCAUGAGACAGGCGAUCCUGAGGACUUGCACAGCCAUGUCGUCAAUGAGCAUGCGCGCAGACUGAUAGAGCUGAGUGACAAAUGUGGCAAUGGUGGCCAUGGGCAGUGCAGCCUUUUAAGCAAGAUCACCUUUGACAAAUGCAAAAAUUUCUUCGUGUGUCAAGUAUGUGGCUUUCGGAGCAGACUUCACACAAAUGUCAACAGACACGUGGCUAUCGAGCAUACUAAAAUAUUCCCUCAUGUUUGUGAUGACUGUGGGAAGGGCUUUUCUAGCAUGUUGGAAUAUUGCAAGCAUCUAAAUUCACAUCUGUCUGAAGGGAUUUAUUUAUGCCAAUAUUGUGAAUAUUCAACAGGACAAAUUGAAGAUCUUAAAAUUCAUCUAGAUUUCAAACAUUCAGCUGACUUGCCUCAUAAAUGUAGUGACUGCUUGAUGAGGUUUGGGAGCGAAAGGGAAUUAAUCAGUCACCUUCCAGUCCACGAGACUACCUGACUGUUUCGUUACAUAAUGUUUAUGUAAAAUAAUAAACGCUUUUUUUAAUGUUAAAA